AUGGAGCAGAAGUUUUAUGGGGAUGAUAUUAAAUCAGUCAGCGAUGAUUUGAACAGAGCUAGAUCUUCCGCCCAGAAUGAGAUUCUUGAUAUAAAAAGCGAUCUGCUAUCUGUGUAUCUUAUGAAUCUUGUCUUAUAUAAGGAAAUGGAUGAGGAGGAUAGAGCCGGGAGCCCUGUUGAGGAGAUGCUGGCCAAGACAAGCAUUCUUCUUGAGAAAAUAUGCUACAUGGAGCGCAAGGCUUCAGAUGCAGCCAAACUGUCGCUGAGUGAUGGAUACGAAGGCUACAAGGAGAAAGGGGGCUCUUCAGAAGAUGAGAAAAGAACUAUAACAGACAAGAUGAAGAAAAACAAGUUUGUUAAGAAAAGAAAGGCAGAAGACAGAAUACCAAGACUUAAGUACAAAAACAAGGCCAGGAAACUCUCUGAAAUGUCGGAAGUUAGGCAUGAUGGAAACAUAGACACUAAGAAGCCCAGCUUUAAUAAAUUUAACUAG